AUUUCGACUUCGAAACUCAAAUUGGGCCUCAAAAGCCCCAAUCCUACCAGUCUAAUCUACCAACCCGCAUUUCCUCGGCGACCAGUGGCUGUUCCCGCCUGAAAAACCAAGAAUCCUCGGACGCAUACAGAGAUGAGCGUUUCCGAUCUACCAAGGAACGAGUCGACGGUGCUGAGAGGCCACGAAGGCGCAGUUUUAGCCGCUAGAUUCAACGGAGACGGCAAUUAUUGUCUGAGCUGCGGCAAGGACCGCACAAUUCGUCUAUGGAAUCCGCACCGUGGAAUCCAUAUCAAGACCUAUAAAUCUCACGGCCGCGAAGUCCGAGACGUCCAUGUCACUUCGGACAAUUCCAAGUUAAUUUCUUGCGGUGGUGACCGGCAAAUCUUUUAUUGGGAUGUGGCAACUGGUCGUGUUAUUCGAAAAUUCCGUGGCCACGAUAGCGAGGUGAACGCUGUGAAGUUUAAUGAGUAUUCUUCUGCUGUAGUAUCAGCUGGUUAUGACCAGUCUUUGCGUGCUUGGGAUUGUAGAUCCCACAGUACUGAGCCAAUUCAGAUCAUUGAUACUUUUUCGGACAGUGUAAUGUCUGUUUGCCUGACUAAAACUGAAAUGAUUGCGGGAAGUGUUGAUGGUACUGUUAGAACAUUUGAUAUCCGUAUGGGUAGAGAAAUAGUCGAUGACUUGGGGCAACCUGUCAACUGUAUUUCCAUGUCAAAUGAUGGCAACUGUAUCUUAGCAAGUUGCCUAGAUUCUACCUUGCGCCUUAUGGACAGAUCAACAGGUGAACUCUUGCAAGAAUAUAAAGGACACACUUGUAAGUCAUAUAAAUUGGAUUGCUGCCUCACCAACACUGAUGCUCAUGUGACUGGUGGAUCUGAGGAUGGCUACAUUUACUUUUGGGAUCUUGUGGAUGCAACUGCGGUGUCAAGUUUUCGUGCUCAUGCCUCAGUGGUAACAAGUGUGAGUUACCACCCAAAGGACAAUUGCAUGAUAACAGCCUCGGUUGAUGGCACCAUUAGGGUUUGGAAGAAUUAGUGAUCGUUUAGAGUUGCCCCAGCAUUUUGGCCCUUGUGGAUUGUGCACGGCAUCACACUGUGGGGUCAUACAGACUUUUAAGAACAAAAGCAAACAAGCCUUCAUCAUGUCUACAUGCAAUUAUGAAAAUGGAAGGUCCAGUUUACCAGUUCAAGGCAACAACUGCAUAAAUUCACUUGCUGCUGUGUAUGUUAAUGAGAAGUUUUUAUUUUCCAGCAUGCAAAUGCUGACAAACAUUUUAAGGGCAUUGAGAGUUUCACUCUACUGCAUUUUAAAUGCCCUUUUUCUGCGAAUUUUAAUCUCACUGAGGGGAAAAAAGAGAGAGGAAGAGAAUUUGAUUUGGACAUUUCGUUCAUAUCUUUGUAACUGUCCAGUCUGAUGCCUGCUGAGGUAAGGGAUGCCAGCAUGCUGCUGUGGUAUUGGCGCUUGUACUAGUAUUUACAAGAUUUUAAAAAAUUAGCACCCAAAAUCUUGAAGCACUUUUAAGAAUAAAGCCUUUAUCAUUAAAUUAA